CAAGAUUCCUUUUACUUUUUUCAUAUUUAUUACUUUCUUCUAUAAAUUCCCUCGUUUGUAUCCAAACAGAGAGAUAAAGAAUAUUGUGGGAAAUGGAAAUGGAAAUGGAAAUCUGGAUUUUUCAGUAGUUUUUUUUUUUGCCCCAAUCUCUUUCAAAUUUCCUAGUUGUAAAGUUUUGUCCUUAAGCCAAUUUUUCGGCUCACUUAUUUUAUUUGUUGUUGCCAAAAAGUGGAAUUAAUGGGCGCCGAAAUUGGCUUUUUCACUGCUCACUUUCCCCCUUUUUUCUCAUCUAUAUAUACAAUGAUUUCACUAUUACUUGUAUGAUUUUCAUGACCUACUUGAUUGAAUCACUUCUCAUUUUCUGGUCUUCCAAGUCCCACAUUUUUCUGUUUUCUGUCCCUUUCUUCUAGACAUUAGCGUUGGAUUCGGGCUACCCUCUUCAAAUUUACGCAAUUUCGGGUUCUGUCUUUAUGUUGUGAAGUUUGAUUUGUGGGUUAUCGGAUAAUUGUUUCUUCUGUAACUUCGCUAUCUGGAAUCUUGACUUUGUUUUGUUUAGUGUCUAAUUGGGUUCGAUUUCUUCUUUCUGAUGUUUUGUUUCAAUUCAACCUAUAAAUUGUCGUUGAAAUUCUCAUCGAAACCCCUGUAUUUGUACUCAAUUUCAUCCAAGUUUUAUCAAUUCGAUAUUUUCUUCAUUAAUUGCCUCAAUUGUUUCCGAUUUCGCCUAAAAAUUUGACCAGUUAUUGCUGAAAUUCUCCUGACCAGCCUCAAUUGCUCUUAUUUUUCUUCGAAGAAUAGCACCGUUUACUCAAUUUGAGUGUAUAUUAGGAAAAUGGGGGAUCGGUUUAGGUCAUGUUUAAUGGAUGACUUGCCACUGCACUUAAUAUUCGAAAUCUUGUCCUCUGGUCGAUUGAGCGCAUUGGAUUUGGUGUGUUUAGAGCUGACUUCAAGGAGUUUUGGGGCAAAUCACGGGUUAUUUCCCCUAAAGUUCCGAUCUUUAGUCGAUUUUGCAGCGUUUAGGCUUUGCGAGUCACACCCCAUUUACUCUUCCCUGCAAAUCAACUCUAAGAACGAGCUUUUUGAUCGCUGUAAUGGGAAUUGGAAGCGUGUGUUGAGGUUCUUGCAGUCCGUGGAACAGUCGUGUGACAUGGUUCAAACCUAUGCAGGCAAUAUGCAGAUUAAGAGUGGAAGAUACCAUACGUUGCUGAUCAGCGAUUCAGAUGUAUACUGUUGUGGUUCCAGUUUAUGUGGUGUUCUUGGUCAUGGUCCAGAAACAACACAAUGUGUAGCAUUUUCACGGAUCAGCUUUCCAUGUUCAACACCAGUGAUCCAAGUCUCGGCCUCCCACAAUCACGCUGCCUUUGUCACUCAAUCAGGAGAGCCAUGCUCGUAUGCUGUGGAAAUAUCUCAAUAUAUCAUUAUGCUAAUGGAAGAACGGCAGCGAGCACAUGCAUGAAUGUGCAUAUGCUAAAAUAACAUGCACAAUCUUGCCAGCUCCUCUUCUUUUACUAUUUGGCAGGGAGCAUUCUUUUAUCCAAAUCAGUAUUACUGAUAUUGAUAUACA